UAAAUAUCAAACCCGGAAACGGAAAUGUUAAAGUCAGAGUCAAAGGACUUAUAGCAGCCUUUUGAACUCCGCUAAAAAAGGGAGAGUCCGAGCAAGUGGUGAGUGAUCUGAUGCGGAAUUCCCAAGGCUAGGUAAAAGAUGUCCUCUGAAUCUAACUAUGCUUUGCUUCACAAUGGACAAAAGAUGCCUCUAGUAGGAUUGGGUACUUGGAAAAGUGAAGCUGGACAGGUAAAGGAUGCCAUAAAGUAUGCCCUUAGUGUGGGCUACAGACACAUUGAUUGUGCUACAGCUUAUAGCAAUGAGGCAGAGGUUGGUGAAGCUUUCCUGGAGACAGUUGGAGAUGACAAGAUUGUUAAGAGGGAAGAACUAUUUGUGACAUCAAAGUUGUGGAAUACCAAGCAUCACCCAGAAGAUGUAGAGCCAGCCUUAAAGAAGUCCUUAGAUGAUCUGAAGCUGGACUUUUUGGACCUUUACCUUAUGCAUUGGCCACAUGCUUUUAAACGAGGAGACAACCUGUUCCCCAAGAAUCCUGAUGGCACAAUGCGUUAUGAUUACAUUCACUACAAAGAAACCUGGAAAGCCAUGGAGAAACUGGUUGCAAAAGGCCUUGUGAAGUCCAUUGGAUUAUCCAAUUUCAAUAGCCAUCAGAUUGAUGAUGUAAUUAGUAUAGCUUCUGUCAAGCCAGCUGUGCUACAGGUAGAAUGUCACCCUUACUUAGCCCAGAAUGAGCUGAUCGCUCAUUGCAAUCACCGAGGCUUGGUGGUAACUGCCUACAGCCCUCUUGGCUCGCCUGAUCGGAUGUGGAAGCACCCAGAUGAGCCAGUACUGCUGGAGGAAACUAUAAUUAAAAAGCUGGCUGAAAAAUAUAGUAAAUCUCCUGCACAGCUCCUCCUUAGAUGGCAAGUGCAGCGCAAGGUGGCCGUCAUCCCCAAGAGUGUGACUCCAGCACGCAUACUGCAGAAUUUCCAGGUGUUUGAUUUCAGUCUGACAGAAGAAGAAAUGAGAUCUAUUGGAAACCUGAAUAAGAACUGGCGAUACAUUGUGCCAAUGGUCAUGGUGGAUGGCAAACCGGUAGCAAGGGAUGCUGGACACCCCCUCUAUCCUUUCAAUGAGCCCUAUUAACUCCUGCAGUUUUUAAGCCAACAGGAGAAAAAGCCAUUCAGUGUUCUUUUUUGCCACAAUUUUUGCUAUAUUGGAAAAAAAUUCAAAUCAAAUGCUUUUUUCUAUAGUGUUCUUUUUUAUUUUUAUUAAAUUGCACAUAUUUGUUAAAGAUGUAAGAAGGUAGUAUGUACUUGCUUCAAAUUCCAAAAAAUUAAACUUUCUGUUAGAUCUUAAA